AUGUCACAAACAGCAGAUUCCUCCCCCAGAGGCUCCAACUCCCCUUCACCAUACCCUUACCAACGGCCAACCGGCGCAAGUACCAUCGAUGGUAUUGCAGCAUCCGCUCGUGCCGGCCCUUCCUCUUGUACCCACUUGGUGGACACCGACAUGCACGAUCGUUCCGAGUCUCCCGCCGACUUUGCCGCUCGCCACGGUGCUCCUCUUGCUCGUCCACCGCCUUCGCCUUCAAGCACAUCUGUCUCGGAUGAUGGCGUUGCCCAGCCUGACUUUGCCGACCUCGCCUCUAUAGACGAUGCAGACACCCAAACGCGUUCUGUCGAGCGUUCCUUUGAUCCCUCGGCUGUCCGUCUCUCUCGCCGUGGUACUCUCGUACCCGCCUCCCCCACCUCUUCCAACGGCACAUGGAGCUUCCAAGACGCCCCGCAAAGUACCGCAUCCAAUCUCCCACACGAGAUCCUGCUGCACAUCUUUCAGUACCUCGUCCUCUAUCCACCUGAUCUGCUCUCCUGUCUGCUCGUCUGCAAAUCUUGGUGCUUGAAUGGCGUCGAGCUGCUAUGGUAUCGUCCCGCUCUCUUCAAGAUCUCGUCGCUUUUCAAACUGGUCGGCGUCAUUCGCAAACCCGAGCAGCUCUUCCCUUACGCCCAGUUUGUCCGCAGGCUCAACUUCACCUUGCUUGCCAACCAGCUCGAGGAUCAGCUCUUCCUCAUGAUGUCCGCAUGCACCCGACUCGAGAGGCUCACCCUAGCCGGCUGCUCCAACAUCACCGACGCUACCCUCGUCAAAGUAUUCCAAAACACCCCGCAACUUGUCGCCAUCGAUCUCACCGACGUAGCCAACAUCACCGACAACACACUGCUCACACUUGCCGCAAACUGUCCCAAGGCGCAAGGCAUCAACUUGACCGGCUGCAAGAACAUUUCCUCGCACGGUGUCGCCGAGCUUGCGCGUAACUGCAAGCGUCUGAAGCGAGUCAAGCUGUGUGCAUGUGAAAACAUUGGCGAUGAGGCGCUCCUCGCCCUUACCGAGCACUGCCCUUCUUUGUUGGAAAUCGACCUGAUUCACUGCCCCAAGGUCUCGGACAAGUCGCUCAGACAAAUGUGGUCACGAAGCUUCCAGAUGCGUGAGCUCAGGCUGGCGCACUGCAACAACCUCACCGACAACGCUUUUCCCUCGGCCCGUGGCACCACGGGUGUCCCCAUGUUGGGCACCUCACAUUCCCAAAGCUCGCGUUCAGCCAUUCCCGCCGCCUCAGCAUACACCACCGAUUCCGCCCCAACAAGUCGAGGCGAGUCGCCCAGUGUCAACAUGCCAUUCGACGCCGUUCGCGACGGUGUCCUCCUCACACGCUCAGCCAGCAUUCCCAACGAUAUGGCGCAAAACCGCCUCUUUGAACAUCUGCGCAUCCUCGACCUCACCGCCUGCACCUCGAUCUCGGACGACGCCGUCGAAGGCAUCAUUGCCAAUGUACCACGUCUCAAGAACCUAGCGCUUACCAAAUGCACUCGUCUCACCGACGAGGCGCUGUACAGCAUCGCCAAACUCGGAAAAAAUUUGCAUUAUCUCCAUCUCGGCCACGUCUCCAACAUUACCGAUCGUGCCGUCACCCACCUCGCACGCUCCUGCACCCGGCUGCGCUACAUCGACGUUGCCUGCUGUCCCAAUCUCACGGACCUCUCGAUCACCGAGAUCGCCAACAACAUGCCCAAGCUUCGUCGCAUCGGUCUUGUCAAGGUGGUCAACCUUACCGAUCAAGCCAUUUACGGCCUUGUCGAUCGUUACGACUCGCUGGAACGCAUUCAUCUAUCCUACUGCGAAAACGUCUCGGUCCCUGCCAUCUUUUGCGUGUUGCAGAGGCUAGACCGUUUGACGCACCUCAGUCUGACGGGCGUGCCUGCGUUCAGGAGGCCUGAGCUGCAGGCCAUGUGCCGGGCGCCACCCAAGGAUUUCAACGAUCACCAGAGGCAAGCGUUCUGCGUAUACAGCGGCAAAGGCGUGAACGAUCUGCGCAAGUAUCUGCAGCAUGUUUACAGCGAUGAACAGCUAGCCGCAGAGUUUGGACAGCUUGAGCCCAGGGCGAUGAACGCCCUGGGUGGAUUUGGCGAGCACCCUGGCGCCGAGACUGCGAUGAGCCAAUGGACCGCGCACCACGCACACUAUGCGCCCGCAACGUUUGGUGGGGGGCCGGGAGCAGCAGGCAUAGCAUACGCGCAUGCUCAGCCGCAUGCUCCGCCGCAACCUGGCGCGCCACCGCUCGGCCUGGUUGGAGGGGCGCCAGCGCCAGCACCCAUCGCGGCGGGUCUGUACCAUCCGACUGCUGGUGGCAUACACCACGCGGGCGCCGGAGCGGGUAUCACACGUCGCAGACAGCUCACCACAGCUGAGCAAAUGUACUUUGAACAGCAACGUCAGCUGGCUCGAUACGCAAAUGCACGUCGCGCCGCCCAAGACGCCACGCUGCUCAAUCGAUCUGCCUCGACCGACGGCGCGAAUCGGCGUGUGCUCGCCGAGGCGCAGGAGGCAAGGAAUCCGGGCAUGCCGUUGGUGGCAAGCGCCCAGUCUGCUGCAGCACAUGCCAUGCUCCAAGAUGAUGUCGACCAAGCAGACAGAUACGACGACGAGAUGCAAGAGUAUGGUACACCCGAACAGCCUGUACAUCAAGAGCAGUGGCAGCGUGCAACAGACGCAGCCGACGCACCCGCACCCGCACCGCCACAAGAUACGACACCGGAUCGCGAGCAACUGCGCACACUCCGAGGCGCACGAUUUGCGUAA